AUGGAGAGGCGAGGCUGGGCAGGGCGCAGCGCGGCCGUGGCUUUGCUGGCUGCCUGGAGCGCAGCCGUCCUGCUGGCCCGGGCGGAGAGGCAGUUCGUCAACGAGUGGGCAGCCGAGAUCCCGGGAGGUCCGGCGGCAGCCCAGGCCAUCGCCGACGAGCUGCAGUAUGAAUUUCUGGGGCAGGUAAGGCUCCCCGCUUCCCUCCCCACUCCACCCCUCUCCCACCCCAUUGCGCAAAGCAGGCAAGUUUGUUUCUCCCGCUUUCCCGAAUAGGAACCCGGCGGCGCGCGUAAUUGACAAGCGAUGCCAUUGACUAGCAGCUGGAGAUAGUGGCUGUGCGCUAAUGGCUCUGUUGCUGAGACAGAGCUACACACGUCACGUGCUCCUUUCUAGACACUGACUCCCUUAAGCAAGGAUUUCUCAUGCUAUUAUUAUUAUUAUUAUUAUUAGGGAGUGGUAGGUGGGUUUCCUAGCUCAGGAUGGCGAGUUCUCCCUCCAUAUGGCAAACACAGUCUCCGGGGAAAGUCCUCAGAGUUCCCAAGCUUUCUUUCCUGCCACAGGAUUCUUUGCUUUUCUAUGCACACCACUGAAUAAUAAUAAUAAUAAUAAUAAUAAUAAAUUUAAACAGAGUUGAGGAAAUGACUUUAGGGAUAGCACACUCCUUUGCCUUCUGCGAGAGGUGGCUUUCUCGGGGACAAUACCAAACGGAGUGGAAUCGGCAGCAGGCGCUGGGAAUUGCAACUCAGGGGAAACGAGGAAUGCUUCCUCCUCGGAAGCCCCCGCAAGGAGACCUUCCUUGCUUUGCAUUAACCCCUACAGCUCCCCAAGGCGAAGGUGGAAUGCCUUUAGCUGGGGUUCCGACCUCAGGAUCCGUUUCAAUUGCCAGGAUUGAAACGAGAGAGAAUUCAACAAUCGAGAGAAUUCAUAAUUCCCCAGGGAUGGGUGAAGCAGUAUGCAGAAGGAAAAUGCGUGUGCAGAGUACUUCCCCCAUCCUUCUGAGUAACCACAGACAUCUGGGUUUAUGCAGGAGGAAGCCGUCAUUCCGUGGAGCGAGCUUUCAGACAAAGAAUGAGCUCUGUCUUUCUUUCUUCCCUCCCUCCUCCUUUGAUAAAGUUCUACCAGCCCAGAGCAUUGAAACCACUUGCCGUUUCUUUCCGCAAACCCUCUGCUCUUAGGGACAUAUUUGUGCCUCCGUGGUUUGGUGAAGGUGCCAUGUGGAUUGAACAAGAGCAAUCCUACACUGUAUCCUAAAAGUUAACAGCGCCAGGUGUUUUCCACAAUCUCCUCUCCCUUCCCUUCCCUCCAGCCCACCUCCUCCCCCCGUCUGUCAUGCCAUGACGUCACUGUUGUCAGGGAUGAGUAACUUCAUUUACGUAAUAGCAACCUUGCCCCGUUAUCUAAUUGUAGAGUUUCCUACCUGUAUCCUGUACCCCAGCAGUUGACUCCAGUAGUGCAGAAACCAAACCCCUCUGAUCUGGUUUCUAAAGAAACAGCCUAAUAUGUCUGUGUGUUAGUCCAGUGAUGCAGAGCAUGGAGAGGGUGGAGAUCAAAGUCUAACAUCUGCUUUCUCUUUUAUGAUCCUCACUUACCUCUUAUGCUUGAAACAAGCUCCGUUGUCACUGCUGGAAGCAAAUUUAACUCCCCGCGCCCCCAUAAAAGUAGUGCUGACGAACUGCUGUGCUGGCAAAUAGAAGUGCAUAGGAUCUGAUUCACUGCUGUAUCCUGUGUCCUUGUGUCAGCGACACAAGCCUACCCCAGCCUGUUUGUUACACAGCAGUGGGUGUUGACAAUAUUGCAUUGGCAACGACUCAGACCACCCAAUGAAGCAGAACAGAGGCACCCAGGAAUACAGCGUAAUGUCGAGAUGAGCAAUGAGGGGCAAUGUAGCCCAGGCAGUGCUGUAGCUGGGGGGGCUAGCCAGUUUUUUUUGCCCCUGGUGAAACCUCCAGAGGAGCGUCAUUGAGGCUCCCAGCCUGCCUUUGUGUGUGUCUGUGUGUGUGUGUAAUACACAAAUGUGUGGGGGGGGUGCCAAACUGGGUCUUUGAUCUGGGUGAAAUAAAGCCUAGUUUUGCCCCUGAGUCCAGGUCCAGAGACCAUGCAAUGAGCUUUUGCACCCCAACUGAGUCAGCUACUUUGGCACAAUCUAGGGCAGUGAACUGUUGCAAAGAGAUUGCAACUGAUAGGGAGCGUGGCAGAGUUAAAUGCCCCCCUUGUUUUGCAGAGGGUUCUCUCUACCUGAGAAUAAGCCACUGUGAAUUUUUGUAGAUAUGCACAUCUCAUGGCCAGGUUUCCUAUUUACAAGAUCAACUGAUUCAUAGGCACUUCGAUACUCCCCUCCUGUCAGAACUUAAUUUGAGUCAGCAAGUGUCUCUGAUUGCAUGGCCAUAGCUCAUUCCUGGAGCUUGUCAAGUAAUAAUAAAGAAAAGUCUGCCUUUCUUUUGCCACGUAUAUAUCUUGAUUUGGAAGGCAGGCUUUCUAGCUCGGAGGGUGUUGCUCCAAGCCUGUCAAGAACUGCUUUGGCACCUCUUGUUUUAGAAAUUUUGAUUUGUUUAUUUUAAAUAUUUCCGCCUUGCUAAAUUUCCCAAAGAUCUAAACAUGGCUAAUACAUGGGAGUUGCUGUUUGUAAUGCAUUUGGACUUCAAGUAGUGGUGGACAUUUGCAAGCACUCUAAUGAAGAUGUGUAGUACUUAGAUUGCUGCUGCAUUAAAUGGGAGGCAGUAAUGUUGCUCUGAGAUGAAGCUAACAGGGGUGACAUGUUAUAUGGCCCAGGUCCUAGUGCUGUAAAUAUGGUAGGGGCUGCCAUCAGCAGUAAACCACUUCCACAUGGUAGGAGGUCCACGACACAGCCCCAACACCUAUAGCUGGCUCUGGCAAAUGUUUGCCAGAUCCACUGGGGGCAGUGGCCCUAGCAUGGCUAUUUACUAACUGCUGGCAGGCUUAUAUGCGGAAGCUGAGUAGAACAUUACAGUGGCUACCUGGAGCCCCAGAAGUGAUUUCAGUGGCAACCAACCUGUGUUCAUACUGCCUGAAUCAGGCAACAGUUGUAGCUCUAGGAGCUCACAUUUCCUGUUCCAAUUAAAAACCCGGUAAGAAUUGUUGCUGAGCAGAACUGAAACUAGGCUCAUUUAGUGCUUGACAGAAGGCAGAAUCACUCAAGCUCUUAUCUCUGUUUUAACACUUCCUGUAUUAUGCCACUAGCUGGGUAGUUUCUAGGCAUGCAUUGAUCACCUCUCCUCCAUCUAGAUUUCCAUAUGAUUCCUAACAUUUGCUCAUAAUUGCAAUUAAAUGGCUGGAGUCUAAGACCUGCUACUGUUGCAGCCAGUGUGCCAGGAAUUUUAAAACAGAACCACGCAUGCCAGGCCAUUACAACCCAACAAAUAGGAGUUAUGUUUCUGGUGCCACCUUAGCAAAGGGAAUUAGAUCUCCAUCCAUGCUGAAAAUAAAACGCACUCCCUGUCCUGACUCCUGAACGACCAUAUUUGAAUAAGCUCCAAGAUUUAGUCCUGCUUUUCUGGCCAAGUAAAUGUCCUCUCAGAAUUCUGCAUACCAUGUAACAUGAGUUCCAACUGCCAGAACACAAAGUAGGAAAAAUGAGGAUUCUAAGCAAGCCAGAAUUUGUAAAGCUGCUGCACAAGAUCACUGUGGCAUUGCAGAAGCAGGCUAUUUCAGCAUAGCAAUGCAAACAAAACUACCGUAGACAUUUCUACCAAUUAUCAUUUCGGCGAUGAUCACUUGGUAAUGAGAAGUGGAGGGCACUGAACAUGUUGCAUUCAGGCCGACAGCCAUUCCAUAUAUCAUUUGCUCUAAUAUCCCCGAGAUGAGCAAGACGACAAUAUACUGGGGGAAAUCAGUGUUAUGGAGAAAGAAUGGGAAAUGAUGAAAUGAGCUGUGGGGAAUCCAAGAAGUGCUGUCUAAUGAAAUCCAGAGCAAGGCCAUUGGAUAAGAGAAAAGCAAGGAAGACAGAGUGGAAUACAUCAUGAGGUGGCUGUGCUCUGCCUCCACAGUUGAAGUCAGCAAUGUAUCUGAGUACCAGCUGCUGCGAAAGGGACUCGGGUGGUGCUGUGGUCUAAACCACUGAGCCUAGGGCUUGCCGAUUGGAAGGUCGGCAGUUCGAAUCCCCGCGGUGGGGUGAGCUCCCGUUGCUCGGUCCCUGCUCCUGCCAACCUAGCAGUUCAAAAGCACGUCAAAGUGCAAGUAGAUAAAUAGGUACCACUCCGGCAGGAAGGUAAACGGCGUUUCUGUGCGCCGCUCUGGUUCGCCAGAAGCAGCUUAGUCAUGCUGGCCACAUGACCCGGAAGCAGUACGCCGGCUCCCUUGGCCAGUAAAGCAAGAUGAGCGCCACAACCCCAGAGUCGGUCACGACUGGCCCUAAUGGUCAGGGGUCCCUUUACCUUUACCAGCUGCUGCAAACCACAGAAGGGGAGGGUGCUCUUUUACUCAUGUCCUGCUUCUGGGUUUCCCACAGGCAUCUAGGAGCCAUGGUGGGAACAGGAUGCUGGGCUAGAGGGGCCUGAUCCUGUUUCAUGUGAGAGAUAUAUAUAUUCUUUACAUUUCAAAAUAUUCAUUUAGACAGCCUUAAAUCAAUGACUUCCCUUCUUCUCUUUCCGUGGUUCAUUUUGCAUACCACACACCCCUGCAUAUUUUGCAUGAACUAAACCAUUCAGUAAUCCAUUGCUACAUCCAUCAAAACUUAUUUACACUGCUGAAUUUAUCUUAAUGCUACCAGCGUUUUUAAAUGAACACAAUUUUCACCCACAUAUUCAGUAAACAUUUUCCAGUCUUCUUUAAACGUAUGUUCUUCUUGUUCUCUUAUUCUAUAUGUUAAAUCUGCCAGCUGUGCAUAUUCCAUCAGCUAAGUUGCCAUUCUUCUUUAGUUAGGACCUCGCUUGUUUUCCAUUUUGGGACUAGCAAAACACGGGCUGCAGUAGUAGCAUACAUAAAUAAGCUUUUUUGACACCUGGGACCCCUUUGUGUUUGAAUCUUUCAGUUCCAUAUCUAUCAUCUAUCCAUCUGUCUAUCUGGAACUGAAAGAAUUCAAACAGGGUCUGAUAAGGAGAAGCCUGGGCAAAUGAAGGUAGGCAAAUGCAUAUACAUGUCCUCAGCCUUUGUUUGGGUUGAGGAUAAGGAUGGAGAAGUCCUAUGCUCUAAACAAAAAGCACCUAACAGUUAAUCGUCUGUACACAUAGAUGGGUAAUAGAGUUGGAACCUAUUUGUUCCUUUUAAUUCUAAGAAAAAUCCUGUCCCCUGUGCAUAUUUUCAACACAUUGCUCUAUUCAAGACACAUUACUAUUAGUUUUAAAACAGUGUAUGUUGACAAUUAUUCACGUGUUUAAUUGCUUGGAAAAUAUUGGUGGAGACACAGUUCUGCUCCCACAGUCUUUGCACUUCUGCUUUUGAAUAAAUAUUUUAUCCAGCAAAAUUUAAUGUUCUUAUAUUCGAAGCAUUUCUGGGAAAUUCCAAUUAUCCGUUGCUAUUGACUGUUUGCUCCCUGUGGGAAAAUAUCUCAGAAAUCAUCCUGUGUAUUGCAGAUUGGAUCACUUGAAAAUCAUUAUCUAUUUAGACAUAAGAGCCAUCCUAGAAGGUUGCGAAGGAGUGCUACUCACAUCACAAAAAGACUCUUGGAUGAUCAACGCGUAAGUAUUGCAUUUGCAGUUUCCCGGACACUGCAAUACUGAAUACAUUUACAAGGGAAUAAGCCCCCAUGAACCCAGAUGGGCUUACUUCUGAGCAAACAUACAUAGGAUUGCCGUCUCCUCCGGCCUUUAAUUUAUUUAGUAAAUUCAUAUCUCCCCUUUCCUCAAGGAGAUUAAGGGAUUGCCCAUGGUUCUCUUCAACCAUUUUUAUCCCUACAACAAUCUUGUGAGGUAGGUUAGGCUGAGAAACACUGCCUGGCUCAAAGUUACAUGGGGAGGUCCACAGCUGUCAGAGUUUGCUCUGCUGGUGUCAAGUGGCCCACCCACCCUCAGUUUAAGGUACAGAAGCUGACUGGACCGACAGUUGAAUCUUAGGCCCCAAGUUUACCAUGAUACCACUUUAAACAGUCAUGGUUUCUCCCAAAGAACCCCCGGAACUGUAGUUUGUUAUGUGUCCUGAGAGUUGUUAGGAGACCUCUAUUCCACUUAUAUAGCUUCAGUUCCCAGAGUUACCUGGGAAGAGUGAUUGCUUGUUGAAUACUCCAGAAACUGCAGCUCUGUGGUGGAAAUAUAAGUCUAACAAAUCGCAGAACUCUUAAAAAAAACCACAGUUCCUAGGAUUCUAUGGAGGAAGCCAUGAGUGUUUAAAGUGACAUGAAACUCCUUUAAAUGUUGCAGAUAGGGCCUUAUUUCAGCUCUGGCAAUGGGAUGUUAUCCUCCACAGCACUUGAGGGCAGCAGGCUUGCUUAGCAGAUGCCCAACAGGCUGUGUGGCACAUACACCUCUGAUUUCCGACAGGUGGAAGUGACCAGGUGGCUCAGGGGAGCUGCUUCCUCCUGGUAUCUGCUGCCUAAUGGUAGGGCCAGCCCUGAAUGUAGGAGAGUGAAACAGACUGCUGAAAUUUAUGGCAAGUAGAUAAUGUUUGCAUAGUAGGGCUUGCCUCAUGGUGUCAAUGUCAAGAUUUGCCCCACAAAAGGGUGAAAAAUAUAAUCAUCAGAAAUUUUGGGAUUCAUUGAGGAACUAGCUCAAGGGGAGUCUCUGGAAAUUGGCAGAGCUCAACAACUUGCCAAAAAACAACAACUUUUGUGUCUGGGUUGUCAUUUUUUAAAUAUGGCAACCUUACUUAAAAUGCAACAGAAUCCUUGCUUUUUAAAGGUGAAGGAAGAGGGAAGUUGUGAUGACAGUGCAAAUUCUAAGAAGCAAAGUGUUAGCAAAUGAGAAGGUCCAGAUCUUGAUGUAGAAUCUUGGCCAGCAGUUUGACAACUGGCUACUGGAAUUAUGUACUUAGGAAACAAGACAAAAAGCAGAUGUGUGUCAGAUAGCAAAGGGCAACAUAGACCAGCUGAUUGUUGAUAUCUUAGUUCUUGGUAUAGCCACUGGGAAAUCAAUUGGGUGUAUGUUAUUUUGUUUAUACCACAGCAGCUUCUCUGUCGUGUCUCUCCACACCGGGGGUGUAACCUGUAACAGCCUACAAAGUGGAGAGUGUUCACACCACACCAGAUGUCUUGGUGACAUCGUCAUCAGACAUUAUGGCAAUCGCUCACAUCCUCUGGGCUUUCUCAGCAACUCUUUCCCCAUUCCCAGUUCAAUGCAGAACUGGAUUCAGCCAACUGAGUUCUCUCUUGCUGGGGAGAGGGGGAGAAGCUUUGUGUAUUCUGGACUCUAUCCUGUGCCCACUUUGAGCCCAACUGUGCUCCCAAUUACAUCACCAGCAGCUCAACUGGGUCUGAAUCCCCUCCUUGCAUUGUGAGACAUAAACCUACUUGCCUGACUAAUGCAGCAGUGUCUGCUGUUUCUGUUUGCUGAGUCAGUGGCAGAGACAGAGUGAGAUCUCUGCCUCUUCUCUCCCCACUUUCUCUCCUGCCCACUCCUUCCUCUUUGGUUCUUGAAAUACCGCUAUGGCAAAUUGCAGGCCCUAGGAAUGCCGGGAAAUGCAGGUUUUGUGACAUCCCUGUGCUAGCAUUUCAAGUAUGAAGGUGAAAGGAAAUGAAAGGGAGUAAGACUUUCCUUGCUGCCAUCACUGCAGCCACAGCCAGAUAUAUAGGUAGGAAGAGAAGUUCUUUUUCAGCUUGGAUUGUAACCUGAGCCGCCAAAGAACUAUGGGGCUGGGGUGGUUGGUUCAGUUCAGUAUAUUCUAGUGUGCUUUACAAGCAUGGCAGAUUUGCCUUCCAAACUGGAUCAUUGCAAAGUUCAUUGGCAUCAAUGUUUUCCAUGUGAAACUUGGUGCUACACAUGAAAUAAUCAGCAGGGAGAUCCACUUUGCAUAAUAGGAAUGGGUGUCAGUUAAGUAACCUGCCCUCUGCCCCUCAAACUACUAUCUGUCGAAAUUGAGCACUUAUCAGAAUGUGGUCCUCCAGGCUUUGUAUAUGCAAAGGCUUGGUUGCAGAAUUUGUUUUCAAUAUUAGAGGUCAACUCUGACAUGUGUGCAGUGCAAUAUUAAUUACAUUUGCACUAGCGGCAGCUGCUGAAGAAGGCCUGCUUCCUGGCUCUUGCUACAACCUUUUGCAAACAGGGUUAUGCCUAAUCUGCAAAGAUAUAUUACAACAUGAAAUAGAGCAUGCCUGUCUGCGAUUUAAUGCAAAUACCCUUUGCUGGGAUAGUUCAGUUGGUAGAGCAGGCUUGAAUUACCUUUUAGAAAGAAAAUACAGUAUGUUGAGUUAGAAUCAUUUAAUAUAAUUUCCCUAAGUAAUAAACCACCAUAUGCCAAGACUAAACAACAACAACCCAGCAACCUAAAAAAAUAAAAAUAAUUAAACCUAUCUUCCAGUAAGUAGGAUGCUCUUAAUGCUUCCAUAGACAGACAUGCUAAAUUAAAUAGGGUGUAGUCCUCUGUCAUUAAUGCUCUUAUUCUAUUAUAUAUAAUUAUUAGAUGUGAUCUAAUAGUAACAGUUUUCUUAAUAUGGAGAUUUGCAAUGAGAUGUAGUUACAGGGCCAGGUGGAAGAGCAUAUGGACUGUGAAUAAACAACUUUGAUACUGGUAUAACAAGAGAGUAUAUCUCCCACAUUCACUGCUAUAAUUGUUUUUAGUUCACACAGCUAAAUGUUAAACUGUAGCUCAUGGAUAAGGUUUUUUUUUUAUACAUAUGAGUGAGUCUUGUUGCUUAAAAAAAGGAAAGAGAUAAUUUUCUGUUACUGAUGUGCCAAAAACCUGUAUGCCUGUUUCUAAAAAAAAAGCUUUCUUCCCCUCUGAAAGAGGAUUCUGUUUUUCUACUUCACUUUUGGAGUGCUUUAGAAUUUCAGCAGCUGUGUUAUCAUUGCCAGGUUGAUCUGGGUGCUUUUCUUUCCAUUAAAUAUUUCUCCAGUUCUCAGCAGCCUCCCCAGUGGCUUGCACUUCCAGGUCUGGAAAAGUCCCUUGGGCAUCAUCCCUGGAUUUUAAUUAAAGUGUGGGAAGCUGGAGAGGCUGUGGAGAUCAGUGUGCUUGUUGGUGUUGUUUUUAAGGGAAGUUCUUCCUUUUACCUUAAAAAAUAUAUAUCCACACUGAUUUCUCUACAAUUAAAAAAGACAUAAAUGUUGUGAGUCUAAAAUGCGCCUCUGAGAUUCUUAAAAAAGGGGUGGGAUAGAAAUGCAAUAAAAAUAGUUUGGUGCACUAAUAAUAAUAGUAAUAGUAAUAAUAAUAAUAAUAAUAAUAAUAAAACCUCCAGGUUCUUUAUAGAUGUUGCUAUUGGCAAAUAUAUUCCAGGUGUCUUGGGCAGAACAACAGUAUGAAAAGAAGAGAAGUAAGCGUUCGGUAUUGCGGGACUCAGCAGAAAAUCUUUUCAAUGACCCCAUGUGGAAUCAACAAUGGUAUCUGGUAAGAGCUUGCAUUUAUAUGUAGACUCUACAUGUCUUAAGAAAAGUCAAAAGUCAUCUAUGAACUGCGGUGCAACCAUUUUAGGCUGCAAGCCUAAACACCCUUCGUAGGGAGCAAGUGCCAUUGCACUGAACCAAGUGGGACUUACUUUUGAGUAACGAUCCAUAGGAUUGCACUGUAUGAGACAUGCAAGGUAUUCAACUCUUGACAAGCAAUUUUCUACUCCUUCUACUCUCAGCUUCCAAAUUAUAAGCAUAGUGCACAAGAACUUUUGCAAAAUGUUUUCACUUUUUGAGAUGGAUUUUUCUUUUCUCUAAAAAGUCUCUUAUUGCUUAUGUCACUGGCCACUGACUACCAACUAUUCCCCCCCCCACACACACACAUUCAGGUUCUGAAAAUGGAAAAUUCAACAGCUAUCAAAGAACAGACUGGUGGUUUGGAAUAAUCUCUCGACUGCAAUUGUUAGAAUAAAAUGCAUUGAAGUUGCAAUCAGAAGCUAACUAAGCGAGAAGGAAGGCACUUCCACUCACACAUUGAGGGGCGCAAUUUCUGCCAACGCUUCCCUCCAUCAGCAGCCCAUUGUGCCAUACCCCACACUCUGUGCUACUGUGACACAGAGAAUGGGAAAUCCCAUCCCACAAGUGAACAUGAUUCCGACCCAACAGACUUUACUUAUGAGGAAAGAAGAUCAGGCUACCAGGCUACAAUUUACAGCGUGCUUACUGGGAGCCAAAUCCCAUUAAGUAUGAUAUGACUUGUUUUUGCUUAAGAUUGGGAAGUACAUUGCAAGAAUUAUUGGGCAUAAUCCAAAGUUAAGCCCUGCUGAUCUGACUGGAGAACAGGAAAGCACAUCCUUUGCAAGCAGAAAUUCACAGGUUCAAUCCCCACCUUCUCCAGGAAUAUAUAUAAAUGUAUUAUCCUUUAUUUUUCCUAGCAAGACACAAGAAUGACUCCGUCUCUGCCAAAAUUGGAUCUCCAUGUUAUUCCUGUGUGGCAAAAAGGGAUUACUGGGAAAGGUGUUGUCGUUACAGUGCUUGAUGAUGGCUUGGAGUGGAACCACACCGACAUUUAUAUUAACUAUGUGAGUUUUAUACUUCAGCAAUCAGUCAGUUAUUAUUUACCAAUGGAGUGGCUAGACUCUUGGGGCUUGGAUGUGGAAAAUGAGUUUUAUCUCUCUGCUCAGCAAUGAGGCUCACUGGGUGACCUUCAAGUCACUCUCUGUCUACCUGAACUGCCUCACGUAGAUACGUAUUGUGAGGAUAAAAAUGAAAUCCUUCAGUAAAGGCUAGGAGAUUACAAAGAUGACAAAUAAAGUUAAACAAAUUAAUACUGAACAAUAGUUCAGUGUCUCUCGUGAGCUUGUGUGUGUGUGUGUGUGUGUGUGUAAAUAUAAAAAAAAACUGUUAGAAAAAACUAACAGGAGUAGUCACUAAAAUAUAAUAUCAGUGCUAUUUUUCUAGAAAAAGAGGUGCUGGGACUCACGAUGAACACCUCCCUUGUUCUCUUAGAAUGGCAGUGGCAUCUAACUGACAGGUGCCAUAACUGAGUUCCGGCAAGUUCCAGCUGAAGAAAAGCCCUGUAUAUUAUCAUGCUACUGCAAUUGCAAAAUAAAUAAAUAAAUAAAUAAAUGGGGGUGUUUUCAAAACGUUAGAAUUAAUUUAAUUCCGCUGCCUCAGCAAUUUUAGAAGUGUUCUGUAUCCAUCCUCUUCCUUUGUUUCAUUUUUCAACUUAGGAUCCUGAGGCAAGUUAUGAUUUCAAUGACAAUGAUCACGAUCCAUUUCCUAGAUAUGACCCAACAAAUGAAAACAAGUGAGUAACGACUUGCUGUUUCUCUCUUUAAUAUAUGCUGAUAAUCUCUGUAAAACAAAUCUUGAUAGCUGACCCUUGGUGAACUUUGGCCACUUUCAUAAUAUGUACGGUGCUAUUUAAAUGAACUAGCGCAGCGGUGGGAAACCAUUUUUCUGCUGAGGACUGCAUGAUGGCUGUCAGCAGGGAUUGAGCCAAAAGUGAGUGUGAGCAGAUCCAAAAGUGGUUGGCUGCACCCCUUGUUCUCCCUUUUUCUCCAUAUGAACCAACCCAGAACCUGCAAUCAUCAUCCAAGGCCCUUCUUCAUAUGCUUCCUCCGUGAGAGGUCUGGAAGGUGGCAACACGAGAAUGGGCCUUUUCUGUGAUGGCUCCCCACUUGUGGAAUGCUCUCCCAGGAAGGUUCACCUGGUACCUUCAUUACAUAUCUUUAGGUGCCAGGCAUUUGCCCCAGGCCUUUGGCUAAUUAAACAAUCUAUAGCCUUUAAACUCUCGGGGGGGGGGGGAGUUAUAGUUUUUGUUUGUUACUGGACUACAAUACCCAUAAUCCCUGGCUAUUGGCCCUGCUAUCUGGGGCUGAUGAGAAAUGUAGUCUAACAUCAUCCAGUCGCAGGCCACAGGUUCCCCACUCUGUUCUAGCCAAUCAAAUAUGGUUUUUCGGCAGGCUGGACCUUGAAUGAUGGUUUGAGAGGUCCAGGGCAAGGAGAAUUGGCUCAUUUCAAACAUGGAGUCCAUCUCAAGUAGUUGUUCCAAGCCAAUUAGAAGGCCAGUUUGUAGUGGCACAAUAAGGAACUUACACGAUGGUUCACCAGCCUCUAUCAGGCAAAAAUGAUAUUUCAUUUACUACAUGGAUGCUCUUAUAACAGAAAUAAUAUCACCGGAGUAGAAGGUUUUCAACGGAUUAAUGUUUCAAGCCUUUUGAAAAUCCAUCACUCGGCUUCUCUGCAGCAGUUAUAGGCAAUGGGAGACCAUUAUCCUCCAAUUCAAAUGGCAUUAUCUCUAAAAUCUACCAUUUCUGCAUAACAUCAGCUCUUUAUUAAUAUGUAAAUGGAAUUCAGACUGGCAGCGUUCAUCAGCUCAACUGCAUACAAAGCUGUACUACUAAAUAAGGCAGCUUUUCAUCUACGGAAGGUGAGCAAUCAUAUAGAACACAUCAUAGAAAACAUGUUACCAUUUACCCUGGGACUGGCAACAAGGACAAGCCAUACAUAUAAAUUCUGUUUUCUUCCUCCUAGAUACCUUGGUAUCUUGUGUACUGGAAACAAGGCAGGCUUUGCUUUAUAGUAUUUCCAUUUUUCCACUUGAGAAAUUAGGUUUGCCCUUGGAAUUAAUUCAUUAAAAUUGACUUAUCAUUCAAAUGAAUGGCAAUGGCCGUAUACUGCAAUCUGAUACCUGUGGGCUCCAUUUGAAUCUGAUACAUUCAAAUGAAUAAUCAUUCAUAAUAAUAGUUGUAAAUGAUCGGUGUGGACUUGUGGGUUUUGUUGCAGACAUGGAACACGGUGUGCAGGAGAGAUCGCCAUGCAAGCCAACAACCUGAAAUGUGGAGUAGGAGUUGCAUACAAUUCCAAAGUUGGGGGUAAGAAUCCAACAUAGCAAUUCAAUUUUAAUAGAGUUUUCCACCCCUGAUGUGCUCGAGGUCUGAGCAAAGGAAUAGUAAAUGGAGCAACAUGUAUUGGCAAGAAUGUAUUAUUAGAAGAAGUCUUCCAUUUCUGUUAUAUGCAAUGGUCAUGCAGAAGGGCUGGAAAGUAUUGCUACAAAAGUUGCAUGCUAUAGAAGACUUGGAACGCGGGUGGCGCUGUGGGUUAAACCACAGAGCCUAGGACUUGCUGAUCAGAAGGUCGGCGGUUCGAAUCCCCGCGACGUGGUUAGCUCCCGUUGCUCGGUCCCUGCUCCUGCCAACCUAGCAGUUCGAAAGCACGACAAAGUGCAAGUAGAUAAAUAGGUACCGCUCCAGGCGGGAAGGUAAACGGCGUUUCCGUGCACUGCUCUGGUUCACCAGAAGCAGCUUAGUCAUGCUGGCCACAUGACCCAGAAGUUGUACGCCGGCUCCCACGGCCAGUAAAGCGAGAUGAGCGCCGCAACCCCAGAGUCGGUCACGGCUGGAUCUAAUGGUCAGGGGUCCCUUUACCUUUACCUAUAGAAGACUUAUAACCUCUCCCCAGGGUCAUUGCUUUAUUUUAUUUUAACAGAAAAUAAUAUAUUCACUUAACCCUCAUGUUUUUUCUGCCUGUGCACCUGUGCAGGAAUUAGGCUGCUAAUAUGGGCUUCUUCCUAUCUCCUUUUAAAAUGGGCUAGAAUUCAGUUGUGGGGCUAUACAAUGCACUUUCACAAAUGUGGAAGAGGCCAUGUAAAUGCUUCUCUGCAUCGGCUCGUAUACCAAAGAGGAAAGGUCACAGUUAGGACUCCCAGUACCAGGCACAACUUGAAAGAAAAAGAUCUCAUUCCCCCCUCUAAUGGAAAAUAAUAGGUUUUCUAAUGGAAAAUGCUUGUCUAAUGAUUCUGAAAGUGGCUUACUAAUGGGAAAAUUGGUGGAAAUACUAUUUUUUUUAAAAAAAAACCUGUUGUGGAUGUUUUAAAGAUACAAAAAAAUAAAUAAAUAAAUAGUACAGUGGUACCUCAGGUUACAUACGCUUCAGGUUACAGACUCCGCUAACCCAGAAAUAGUACCUCGGGUUAAAAACUUUGCUUCAGGAUGAGAACAGAAAUCGUGCUCCGGCGGUGCGGCGGCAGCGGGAGGCCCCAUUAGCUAAAGUGGUGCUUCAGGUUAAGAACAGUUUCAGGUUAAGAAUGGACCUCCAGAACGAAUUAAGUACUUAACCCGAGGUACCACUGUAGUCAGUCUAGUAAUGUUAAAUAAAUAUAAAAAUGCAAAAAAAAAAAAAAUCUAGGUAUGUUUUCCAAAACUCCUAAGUGUCAUCUGUUCAUGUCUGAGUGAAAGAGUAAUAUGGAAAUAAAUAGGAGCUUGUUUAUGUUUUGCUUUUUAAAUCUGAGAAUGACAGGCAUGUAGUUCAAAUGCCUUGUCAAAAGUAAUGUAGCCUGCAAAGUGAAAGAUUUUUUUUUUUCUACACAGCUUUUCUCACAGUGUCAUCAAUCAAAUUUCCCAAUUACCUUGGUGGUGUCCCGGUCAUCUGCUUGUCUUAUACUCAAAUUGUAUGCUAAUAUUGUACAGCCCCCACCCACCCGAAUUUUAGAAAUCUCGAUUAACAGAGGAUUCUGAAGCAGUACUAAAGGGGGCAGAAACAUUGCUCUUUUUACACAUAUAUGUAAAAAAUGAAAAUGGGACAGCUGUAAGUGGAGCAGACAACUGUGCUGGCUGCUGUCACAUUUGAAUUCCUCUGAGUUAACAGCCUUCUCCUCGCCUGGCUUGCAAGCUAUCAAUCAUGCUACAUUCCAAUCUGACUUCGUCAACCUGCUUCACACCUUUCUAACAUCCUAAAUGAAGCAACUGCCUCUCAAGACAGAACUGGCCCAGUCAUCAGAAUGUGAGGCUGCUGAUGAAAAUGGUAGGAAUCGGGUGCCCCUAUUUUCAAUGAAGAAAUGUUGGAGAGUAUGGAAUUGAAUCUCCUGCGUCAAAUAAAGUCCUGGAUCAGUCUUCCGCAACCUGGUGCCCCUGGAAGUUUUGGACCACAACUCCCAUUAGCCCAUGUCAAUUGUAUUUUAGUUUGUUUUUUCCCCAAAUUUUUUUAUUCAUUUUAUAACACAACUAAACAACACAAACAGAAAAACAGACAAUACAAACAAAUUCUUGCCUUAUCCUUAAUUUUUCUAAACAUUGUUAGGUGAGCUUCCCCAAGUCCCCCCUAUCUGAUUAUCAUUUUACCUCAUAUUUAGCAGUUUACAUAUAUCAUAAUUUUUAACCAUUUUUUAAAUCUCACUUACUUUUACCAUAAAAAUCUUCACAUUUUAUCACUUACAAAUAAUUCUAUUUUAAAAUACACUAUCUUCUACUUCUAACCCUGCAGCCUAUAUCCACUUCCAAAACUAUUAUAGGAUUUAAAUAUUAACAUAUUUUUUCAAAUAUUCUUUAAACUUCUUCCAAUCUUCUCCCACCGUCUCUUCUCUCUGGUCUCGGAGUCUCCCAGUCAGUUCGGCAAGUUCCAUAUAGUCCAUCAUCUUCAUCUGCCAUUCUUUGAUACUUGGUAAAUUUUGUUUCUUCCAAUUCUUCACUGUCAAUUGUAUUUUAAAGCCCUGGCAGCUUAUAUUGGAUAAUAAUAUAUUUCUAUUUUAUAGCGACAAGAAAUGUUUCAUAAUACUAACGUUGAGAAAGCAUGAAAUAACCACUAGUUUGUCUCUGUCUCUGUCCGUCUCUCUGCUUUCUCACAUUAAGGCAUAAGAAUGCUGGACGGAAUAGUCACAGACGCCAUAGAAGCAAGUUCAAUCGGUUUCAGCCCAGAUCAUGUGGAUAUUUAUAGUGCCAGCUGGGGCCCAAAUGAUGAUGGGAAAACUGUUGAGGGACCUGGCCGGCUGGCACAGAAGGCUUUUGAAUAUGGCAUCAAAAAGGUGAGGCCUCUUAAUCGAGAAAAUCACAGUAUUUUUAAGCAGUUCAUACAUGCCAGGGUAUAGGGCCUGGGAACUUGUUUCGUUCCAAGGAGCAGUAUUUAUGUGACUUGUUCCCUCAUUCUGCUGUUUUAGAACAAUUGGAACUAUUCUAGAGAAAAGUUGAACAAGAGUGGCUGAAUGCUUUUACAUAUCCUCCAACUUUCCUCAGAUGAAAAUAGGGACAUUUCUCACCCUCCCUGCCCCCAAAUAAUCCACCUCAACUCCCUAUUUUUUUGUCCACCCAGCCCCCCAGCAUUUCCUAUCUGAAAAAGGGUGAGUGUCACCACUGCUAAACCAAUGGGACACGACACACAUGCCCUCCACCAUCUUAAGAAAACCUCUUAAUCCCGAUUCUAUUUUAUCAUUUUCUUUCGUAGAUUUACAAAAAGAAAAACACACACCAAUAAAUAAAUUUUAGAGAGGCACAAGAUUAGACACACACAGUAUUUUUUUUAAAAAAAAAAUAAAUCAAGACUCCUUGCACUUUGCUCCGCUUCUUCUUUCUUUCUGACCAGGGCAGCCCUGCCCUCUGCCUGCCCCUCAGAGCCAUGGCGGCAUGUGGGGCUGGACCUUAGUGGUAGCAGCCUCAUCCUGGCUUGCUCUCCAGCAGCUGCUAUGAGCUGUCCAAGGGAGGAGGCCAGCGGCAGUGGCCCUGGAGAGGCCGUAGAGAGGCAACAGGAUGCUCCCUCAGAGCCGCCGCUGCAGCCGCCACAGCCUCCGCCACUGCUGCCACUCAGGACAAACACCAGCUCAUCUUCCUCCCCAAGCGGUGGCAGCAGUGGUGAGGAAAAUAGGGACAUUCCAGGAUCAAAUCAGAAGCCAGGAUGUCCCUGGAAAAUCAGGGCACUUGGGGGAUAUGCUUUUAGAAUCUAGGGCUCAGCUCAAGAUCUAGAUAGCAGCAGCCCACGUUGUCUUUCAGCUCGUUUCCUUGACUGCCUGUUUUGCUUCCAAUACUAAUGGGGGUCUUGUGUGUGCAAAGAGCUGCUAUAAAAUAUUGAUGGAAACUUUCUGCUUCAUGAAUAUUGCAUUUGUCUCUCUUUAACAUGCCCAGAUUUUAUGCAUUAUUUUGCAAGCCCAUGGAGUAACUCAAUCCAAUUAUAAUUAAGAUGGUGAGAAUGCAUGAUGAGGGGGGAGAAAUUCUGUCAUGCUAGCUCUUUAGUCUAGCUAAAGAUCAUGCAGGCCUUUAUUGGCAUCUUUUUAUUCAUGCCUACCUAUGAAAUACACGUGUACCACGUGUAGCGCUGGGAGAUCAGCGGGCCCAGGGCAUGCUUGGUUGCAGUGUGUUUUGUUUGUUUGUGUGUGUGCGUUGGGGAGGGGGUGUUGCUGAGUCAAAUUAACAAUAUCAAUUUGUAUGCUGUUGGAUAGGAUUGGUCAUUAGCUUGUUGGCCUGUAUAUGUAAUAAAGGAAAAUGCUGUAGAUUCUGUAGGUAACGAUGCUGUUUGCCUGAUCCAGGAAGGAAGACCUGUUUGCAUUGUACCAAAGGUGCUGAGUUCCGCAUGACAUGGGGGGGGGUCAUUGUGUGCACGUGAUGUCACAUAUGCAACACACACACGUGACACCAUGCUCAUUGGGAGGAGGCCACAAAGCCCAAUGAGGCCCUUUGCCACCCAGGGUAGGUCCAGGGGGCCCCUCCACCAUUGUGGGGAGGCCUGGCAAGGUCCUCUGCUGUUGCAGGGAGGCCUGGCAGGGCCUGGCCCCUCAAGAUUGGGAGGCCUCAGCCCCAUAGAUUUGACACCUAUGCAUUAUACCCACAUAAUGGUGCCCAUCCCCAGUUGAACAAAUAGGAUGCAUCUCUUGAUGUCAAUGGGAAUACUCAGCCACGUCCUAGUAGCACUUGCAAUAAAUCAGCUGUCUGGGAUUAGAACUGAACAGUGCUAUUUUUCUAGAAAAAGAGGUGCUGGAACUCACCAUGAAAGCCUCCCUUGUUCUCUUAUAAUGGCAAUGGGGCCCACCUGAGAGGUGCCAGAACUGAGUUCCAGCGACUUCCAGCUGAAAAACAAAAAGGCCUGAGUUUGAAUAAGGGCCUGUGCAUAAAUCCAUUGGAAGUUAAUUGUAUUUGCUUUUAAUAUAUUGCUCCAUUUUUGUAGUUUGCCUGUUGGCCCACAUAGAUCGCACAACAGGGAGCUCCAUUUUAGCUGGCAGUAACAACUUGUAUAGACAUAGUUAUGAAAGUGAUCCAUCAACAAAUGUACAGAAAGCAACUUGGCUGUAAGGCAGUUUAGAAGUCCAGCAGCCUUUCUAGUGCUUCACUUAUAUUUUUCAUAGUUCUCACCUCAAGAAGGUUAUCUUUAGUACUGGGAAAUGUUCCAAAACAGGCAACCAAAGUGACCAAGAAGUUGGAGCUACUCCCUUUUGAAUUGGUGGGGUUUUUUUGUUUUUGCUUAGAAGGUGAAAAAGUGGAUAAGGAGAAGUUUUCCUCCCUGCCUUAUCCUUCUUAAGUAAUUGUGCCAUGUCAGCCCUGGACUACUGCAUGGCCUCUGUUGUGGCCUAUAUGAGGGUGAGUAAACUGAUUCUGAAUCCUGGCAAGAUGGAGGCAUUGUGAGUGGGUGGCUCCUGAGUCAGGAUAACUGAUCAAUGGCCUGCUUUGGGCGGGGUUAAAUUCCCCCUGAACGAGCAGGUACAUAGUCUAGGGGUGCUCUUGGAUUCAUCUUUGUAGCUGGAGACCCAACACAAUGUUGCAUUUUAUUUGUCACAUGUUUGCUUGUUGCUCUGACUCAGGCAUGGGGAGCCUUUUUCAGCCUGAGGGCCCCAUUUCUUCAUGGACAACCUUCUGGGGCCCCCAUUCAAGUGGUGGAUGGGUCCAAAGGCAACAGUGGGUGAUGGAACAGAUUGUGAGCUUUUAGUUAUAUCUAAGUUAUAUGUAGAGUAAACCCAUUGAAAUUAGUGGACAUAAGUUAGCCACAUCCAUUUAUCCCACCCAUGGAAAAUCAAAGGUUUCUGACUUUUGACAGAUACGUUUGACACAGACACUUUUUCAUCCAGGCAAGCAAAGAGGCAUUGUCACAGUCCAAUGACAAAUUCUUGCCAAGCAAAGGCAGUCGGGAAGAGCAUGGAGCAGGACUGGGGAGGGAUGUGUUUGGGGGAGAAUCCUAUGGGUCAGAGAAAGAGUCCUGGAGGGCCAAAUUUGCCCCUGGACCUGAAGUUGCCCACCCCCACUCCAGUUAAUCAAAUGCAUUCCUUACAAACAUUGCCAGCAAUAAUUUCUUUCUUACUACUCUUUGUCCUCUUUGGAAAUUCACCCAAGCAGAUUAAUAGUGGACCACACUGUUCUUUAUAGUGAGUGUAAGUUCAUUAAUUCAUUUUUUAAAAAAAAGACUCAACAUAAACUAUCUGCUGAAAAGUCACCAGUAAGCUACUACAAGAUCUAGCCAAUAUAUUUUUUCAUGCUGCUCUAGCUCUGAGUGUUUGCAUUUUUAUAGCUGGGGCGAUUGGUCCCUGACUUUAACUAAUGGAGAGUCAUGGAUUUUGAAACAACAGGAAGGCACAGAUUAUAUAUUUUGCUAUUCCACUGCCAUGAAAGUACACGCCAAACAUAGAACACUUGAAAUGCCAAUGCGCUUAUGUGAAUCAUACACUAGUCACAUGGGUAAUAAAUCAGCAAUAUUAUACGUGAAAUUCAUGGAAAUGAAAUGAAUUCUUAGCAUCUAUUUAAGUGUUGUUUUAAAAAUAUAUACCUGGAAUCGGUGGUGUUCCCUCAGAGCAAUUAUUUCUGUUGGUUACGUUUUGUUUUUCUGUGUAUAUUGAGUGUAUAUUGUUCAGUUGAGCAAAUCACGAGAAAUUCAGAUGCAAUUGCUACCACCACUCCUAUUGUAAAAAGUGGUGUUAGAUACUGCUAAAGCUUUAGAAGUUGUUGUUCUACAUAUCUAAGGAUAAUUCUGAAUGUUUCUUUUUUUAAAAAAAGAAAUGUUCAUAUACUCAGUAUUGUCUUAUCGGAACGGCUGCGACUCUCCAGAGUCUCAAGCAGAGAGCUUCCUCAUCACCUUCUAUUUGAUCUUUUUAACUAGAGAUUUCAGGAACAGAAACUGGAGCCUUCUAUGUGCAAACCACAUUCUUUAGUAUGGAGCCUCAGCCAUUCAUCAGCCACACAGCCAUGCUAUUCAACCAAGCACCCCUCAUACCUCUCCAUCACUAAAAACCACUUUGUCCCCCAAUGUGAAGUUUUCACCGCAUAUUCCUCCUGUCUCAUUCCCCUUAGCCUUAAGGGGUCAAGCCUUUGAAAACCCCUGUAUCCCCAAUCUACCGCACCGCACUAGACCACAUGUGAGGGUUUCCCUAAUCAAGUUAUCCUUUCAUUUACAAGAGAGAAACUGCAUUCAUUUUCAACCUUCCACGACUGACCCUUCCCACUUCAGAAUGUUCUUAUAGCUACUCAGUGAAUGUUCAUCUACUUAGUAUUGUCUACUCUGUAUGGCUGCAACUCUCCAGAGACCUUAUAGCCAUGCAGUGAAUGAAGUGCUGUACUCUUGCACCAAUUGCAAAUUGUUAUAUAUUGUUCUAUUGUAUUAUUCCAAAAAAAGGGGAUAACCUUUUCUCAAUCAAUUUAUAUAGCUCACUUAUUGCUGAUGUGUUCAGUUCAGCCUACGAAAUGGCUGCAACAAUGAUUUUUUGCGGGAAUGUACAGCGUUGGGGCUUCUACCCUUGUGAUAACCAUGCUGUUCCUUUCAUUUCCUAUAGGGGCGAAAGGGGAAAGGUUCUAUUUUCGUCUGGGCUUCUGGGAAUGGCGGCCGCCAAGGAGACAACUGUGACUGCGAUGGCUACACAGAUAGCAUCUACACGAUCUCCAUCAGCAGUGCUUCUCAGCAAGGCCAUUCUCCCUGGUAUGCAGAGAAGUGCUCUUCAACAAUGGCCACAGCAUACAGCAGUGGGGAUUAUACUGACCAGAAAAUUGUAGGUUGUUUUUACCAGAUUUAACAAGCUUUCAUUUUUGAGGGGAGGGGAGGAAAUCGCCUGAUCCAUGUUUUAUGUUCUAAUAUGCCAAGUCCUUCUGUAGUGGGAUGUAAGAUAUUGCAUUUCCCUAAUGAUAAGACAAAACAACCUUUCACUUAAGAGCAAAAAGUGAUCCAUAGUUUUGUCUUCAUGGUGUUGAUUGCUGAAAGAAAGAAUGUCACUUAUGGGUGAGAGGAGGCUCUCUCAAAUCUGUCACCCUGAAGGACCAAACUGCCUCUGUAUCACUAAUAAUAAUAAUAAUAAUAAUAAUAAUAAUAAUAAUUUAUUAUUUAUACCCCGCCCAUCUGGCUGAGUUUCCCCAGCCACUCUGGGCGGCUCCCAAUCAAGUGUUAAAAGCAAUACAGCACUAAAUAUUAAAAACUUCCCUAAACAGGGCUGCCUUCAGAUGUCUUUUAAGGAUAGGAUAGCUGCUUAUUUCCUUCACACCUGAAGGGAGGGUGUUCCACAGGGUGGGUGCCACUACCGAGAAGGCCCUCUGCCUGGUUACCUGUAACCUCACUUCUCGCAAUGAGGGAACUGCCAGAAGGCCCUCAGCGCUGGAUCAGCGCUGGCUGAACAAUGGGGGUGGAGACGCUCCUUCAGGUAUACAGGACCAAGGCCGUUUAGGGCUUUAAAGGUCAGCAUCAACACUUUGAAUUGUGCUUCUUGGACAGGGAAUUGGAUUGAAUUUGCUUUCAGUGUUUGGGGAGAAAAUUUGUGGGUUUCCUGUUCCUUUCAUGGCAGGGAACAUCUCUGCUCAUAGACCAACUGAUAGAUUUAAUCUUGCAGCGAACAGAUCACCCUUCUUGUCAUGUUUCUAAAACAGGAGGUAGUAUGCAAACUGACUACAACCCUAUCAGAAAACCACAUGGAAGUAGCAAUCAUAUUGCUCCUAUAGCAUGGAAGGGGGGGUGACCCCUGGUCUGAUGGGGGUUAAAAUAACUGAAGUGUGAUUGGUCAGAAAUACUUCCAGUUUGGGGUUGACUUAUAAAGCGUCCCGUAAGUGCAAAUAGGAAUAUGCCCUGUCAUUAGUUCUUCACUUUCACACAUUGUACCUUUCCUUGCUGACAUGUUAGGUACUUUAUCUAAGUGGGAAACUUCAUUUUCUGCUUCUGUUGGAGGGGAAGAACAGCAUUCAGUCUCAAACUCUGUGAUUUUAAAGCCAGAAAGCUCUUUAAAAAUUCCUAAGCCCAACAUAGCAAUGUGCUUUAUGAUUCAUUUGUAAACAUGGAAAGCUAACUUGUAUGCUCCUUGAGAUCUCAGAAUAAGGCAAGUUGCUUGACUUGGACAUAUUGUCCUUCAGUGCAAAAAAUGUUUGGAUACAAAAACUAGAAUUAAAAUGCAUGCAGCAAAAAAGAGUCUUCCAAUCUCAUCCACAUUAUUUUAUUAGAAAGAGUCAAAUGUGCCCUCAGGUUGGACACAUUACAAAAAUGGGAACUAGAUCCAGGCUCAACAAUCACUCAUGAUUAUUGGGUUUGUUCUAAGCAUAACUCAUUCUGGAUCCCACCCAUAGACAAGAGUGUUUUAGUGCAUGGAGACAGUAAACUCAAAUUCUGUAAUUUAUAAUGUUUAUCUCCUUCAGAUAAGUGCUGACCUUCAUAAUGAAUGCACUUCCACACACACUGGGACAUCUGCUUCUGCUCCUUUAGCUGCAGGGAUCUUUGCUCUGGCACUGGAGGCCAAGUAAGUCUUCUUAAACUCCCUUUUAGUACCCAUCUCUUUCUUUCUUGUUAUCAUCACUGUGAAAAUUAUGGCAAAAACCCUCCAGCAGUUCAGGUCUUUAAAGUUAGCUGGAUUGUUUUUAAUCGGCUCCCACUGUUCCUCACACUGUUUAACAUAUAGGCUCGUUUCCAGACUUAAUCAUGUUUAGAAUAGAUCAAUGGGACAUACAGGUAGUCUGCAAUCCUAACCCCACUUACCUGUGAGUAAACCCCACUGAAUUAAACAGGAAUUUACUUCUGAGUAGACAUGGUUAGAACUGUUCUGUAACUUACAUCCCCCUGGUUCCAAGCAUGACUAAAUAUGGAUCCAACCCACGGUAAAUAUAAAAGCCACUGGCAUUGACAAUUAUUGAUUUAGAUACUAGGAAUUAGACGCCCUGCAAGUUUCAAGGUGGUGAUCUUUCUCAGAGGCUGAAUGAAAGCAGGGUGGGAGAGAAAGGACAAAGCUUUCAUCCAUAAAUCAUUAUGAUCUUCCUUGUUCAACCCCAAAAUUGCCUUCAUAAAUGUUUACAGUGAAGGCUGCAGAUAUAUAUAAUGGGGAAUAGUAUUGUGACACAAUAGUGAAUCGACUUAACAAAUGUUAUAUAAUGAAGUAGCAUUGAUCUUCUAACCUACUAUUCCAGCCAACACAACGUAAUCUUUUUCUCUAUAAAAGUCCCUGCAAAAACAUGGCUGGGGAACCUAGUAGGGAUCUGCUGACUGAUGGAACUAUGUGAAGAACAGUGGACAGCAUGAAAGCCCCAGGAUAUUUUGCUAAGAAUGCCAAAAUUCAUGAGCAUAGCCCCACCCACUGGAAAGAAUGUACUAAGUGUGUGGAAGAAAAUUCCAGUGGAUUGUGGCCAAAUACCAUUGGGUGAGAUAUUUAGAAAUUGACUAGAAUUUUGUUUGUGAUAGUCCUAAUCUAACCUGGAGAGAUAUGCAACAUUUGGUAGUCUGGACAUCUGAAUUCGAUCCGUUGGCCAACAAUCCGGGUUGGAAGAAGAAUGGAGCCGGACUGAUGGUGAACAGCAGAUUUGGAUUUGGAUUGCUCAAUGCCAAAGCACUGGUAGAUUUGGCUGACCCUAAAACCUGGAAAGAAGUACCCGAAAAGAAAGAGUGCAUUGUUAAGGACAGCAGCUUUGAACCAAGGUAAAAAUUCCAUUGUUAGUUAAUAGCCUAUGUCUACCGGAAAUAUUUUAUCCCAUUAAAGACACUUGAAAAGCCUAGAAGGUGAGUCAUUGUUGCUUACCAGGAGAAAGGUAGCAGGGUGGUCAGGGUGGUGCAAACACAACUGCAGGUGCUUCCAGUUGGCUCUGUCAGUGCAUUUGCAUUGUGAUUACCUCCCUGCCACCUCAUCCUGCUCCCUCCCUGUAAGAAGCAAUUAUCCACCUGCUGGGAAGCUAGCAUAGAGGGUCUGGUCCAGUCAGCAACUCACUUAAGUUUUUAAAAAAGCAGUGUUCCUGGUCUACUGCUUCCCUUUCAUGUGCAUUAGAACAAGAGGAAGGCGAAGAAUUGGAAAGGAACCACUAUUCAUUGGUAACAGAGCAUCUGGCUUUGCAUGUAAAUGGUUCCAGGUUCAAUCCAGUCAAAAGUCUUUCAGGGCAAUGGAUUGGCCCUGGAUUGCUGCUGCCAGAGAAGACAAAAAUGAUAUCUGCUCUGUGCCGCCACCACCACCCCAAUACCAGGCUGCUUUGAAAACUUCCCCAUGGUUCUCACAGGUGUAUGUAGCAUUGUAAUCUUGGGCAUUGUGGGAAAUUUAGCCCAUAGCUGCGUGGUACAGAGCAAGCAUCAAAGACCAGUGGAUCCUUGAACCUGGCUUAGGUUGUCAGUUCAAGUGCUGAUGCUGGACCUGUGAAAUACUAAGGGUGCCCCAUACAGUGGGAUGAAAAAACCAUUAUACACGUUCCUGCUCGUUCACCCAGAAUUUAUUUCAAAGGAGCUUUACAGGAACAAUAAAUGAAGCAAAAUGUCCAUAUCUUACCAUGAGACUAUUAAUAUCACAAGUGGUGUAAAAAGGCAACAGAACCUCACUGAAUAAAUGAAGAGAAUAAAUUGACAUUGGGGGGAAAAUAACUUGAUAAUUUCCUUGUAACAUUGCCAGGUUAUUAAGAUCUAGUGGUGAAGUUACCAUUGAAAUUCCCACAACAGCUUGUGAAGGUCAAGAAAAUGCCAUUAAAUCCCUGGAACAUGUACAAUUUGAAGCAACGAUUGAAUAUUCCCGCAGAGGUGAUCUUCAUGUGACCCUGACUUCUCCAUCAGGUACAGGAGACAAACUACCUAGUUCUGCUAUGUCUAGUAAUUGUACCCUAGACAAAACCAGUUUCUCUUUUCUUUUUGCUGUUUUGUAAUGUUUUGGGAGCUGUCAGGAUUAAGCAUCCCUUUGGGAAGUGGGAUGCUAGUAUCAGCACACCAAAAAACCCUGAAAUGUCAAACUAAAAACGUGUAUCAAUGAGGGCGCUUUUGGAUGGGAAAGCAUUGUUUGCCAGUAGCAAGCACAACUGCAUGUCAACAUGCAUAUCUUCUAACAAACCUACCAGAACUGAGCAGGGAUUUGAUCCAGAGAUUUUCAUGGGUUUGGGGAGGGGUGAGCCAGCCACCACAAUGCUCCUGGCACAUGUUUCAAGGGGAAAACCCAAAAUAAUGGAAAAAGAAAUGAAAGCACAAAGGAAAUUAAAAAGGAAACGAAAUAUCUUCCCCAAUCUAUAUACUGUGUACCUGCCUCGAGCUAUCACUUCCUGGAAAAUUCAUUUACUCCAUGGUUUUCUUGGAGAUGGCCGUGAUUCAUGUUCCCUCUAGCAAAUUAGGCAAGGGAAAAACAAUGGCUAAAGGCAGAGGUGUUGUACCUGGGCUCUUGGUAGCAUCACCUUGCUGAAAGUAGGUAUACGUGGAACACUUUUUCAGUGAUUUAAGGGGAUUAACAAAAGGGGUGAAGAAAAAGUGGAGGAAGCCAAUGGAGGCAACCACCUCCUUUUUAAAACCCAGAGUACCCUGGGAAUGAGGCUGCACAUCAUAGUCUAGCACCAUCCCCAUUGGGGCUUUCUCAAAGAGUAGAACCUACCGAGAUGUUGCUUCUUGUUGCAGAAAGUCUCUGAAAAGGUCCGUCACCACUUUCACUAAGAUGCGGGGAUACUUCCUUGGCUCCACCUUAGUUAGAUUGUGUGAGUAAAUCCCUGCUAAGGCCAAUAAUGUAAAGUAGAGAGGUCCAGCAGUGUUAAAAUUGAAAUAUAACUCUCCCUUAUUGAGGGCAUGUGGAGUUUAAUCUAUCUGCAACCAGCCAUUGUUGUCUUAGCAACAGAACUCAUCUGCAACAGAGCUCUCCUAUUUUAUAUCUUCCAUUUUAUAGCUUCUAGGCAUUUUUUUAAAAAUCUUAUUAUUUCUUAUGACCAAUCCUCAGGGCCCCUUCAAGCUCUCAUUAAAAUUAGAAGUGAGCUUUCUGGUGCUUCAUCCAUAAAGAAAAUAAUAGUGUGAGAGAUCACAAAACCUGUCAAUUUGCAAAAUAGGGACGCCACCUCCCUUAUCUACUCCUUUAGGUAGUAAUCUCCAAGUUGCUUGCUCCAGAGCAUGUCAAUUGUCAUCAGCCAGGACUACUCUAAAACAAAUGUGUUGCAGAAAGCAAAUUGAGAGAAGAGAAAAUAUGAAGGGUCGUAGCUCAAUGAUAGAGCACAUGGUUUGUAUGCAGAAGACCCCCCUUUCAAUUCCUAGCAUCCCUAAGGAGGACUGGAGGAAACCUGUUUCUGAACCUGCUGUCAAUCAAUUUAGAGCUGCUACCCACCAGUAUACUAAGCUAGAUGGACCAUUGGUAUGACUUAGUAUAAGGCAUGUUAUUAUGUUCAUUGAAAUCAAUGACAAAGGCACUGAUCAUAGCCCACGUACAUAGCCCACUAAUACUAUAUUCUUAAUCUUAUUCCCCAAUCAUAAAAUCUGAACCAGUUACUGAAAAAACCAAGCCAAAUCCAAGACUUUCAGGCCUUUAAGGGUCAUUUCCCCUGCUCAUGGCAGUUUCUUUUUUCCUUUUGCCUGUACAGUAUAUCGACACAUUAAUGGACAUGUUGUUAGUUCCAUUCAACAUAUGCAAAACCUACAAUCUUGCACAACAACUGUAUAUUGAAGGAGAAGCAGAGCCAUGCUACUAUCCCCAUCCUUGAGUUUGUGCGUCUAUCUGGCCCUACUCUUAGGCAUGGACAUCUAAGCAAUGGAAUUUGGUGUAUGUUGACUCUCCAUGCAUAGGAUUUCACAGGAGCUGGAACCCUGGGUGAUCAAGACAACAGCUUCUGUCGAAACCUCUUUGCAUACUGUUUAGACCUGGCUUCCACUGCUGAGAUGUCCGUGUCCAAUGUGUGGGUUUUGGUAGUGGAGCAGGAGAAGACUUCCAAUGUCAGGGAUGGUGCUGGUAGUGUGGCCCAAGUAUCUCUUUCAACACAUGCAGGGAGCUAAUGUUUAACUCGUUUUGAUGAGUUUUGCAAUGAUGUGGAAAGGUGCAGAUAAUGGCAGGGAUCCAUGGAAGUCCUUGGGCAAACAUUUGUUUCUAAACAAUCACUGGAGAAUCCCUAUUUAUGUCUUCUGGCCCAAGGAUCUCUGCAUAACAAGCUGAGGUCCCUCCUCACAUCCCACUUUAUGAGCAGCUUGGCAAGCAGUGCAGGGGGCUGCUCAGUCAGAAGUUGUGGAUUUUGUAAGUGACUGAUCUCAAUGCCUAAUUUCUAAACUUCCAGGAAAGUACACAAUGUAUUCAGUCAUUGAUUUUAUUUGUUCAAUGUGCUGAAUCAUUUUGGCAGUGCAUUAUGAUCUACAGGAACUCGGUAUUCCCAAAUCCAUAUAUUACUAUAGCUCUUGAGAGACAACAAGCUAUUCCUUUAUUCCUCAGUGAACCUAAGUGGUACAGACUGUGAAACUCAAGGUCGUUCUGUGUCUCCAGAGCUGACACUGUAUUUAUCACUGUCUGCUAAGCCUCAUCAGUUUUCCUCGUGUGACCUUAUCCUGGGAUUCUUAUUCCUUUCCUCUAAUACAGGGACCACCACAGUCUUACUAGCCGAACGGCAAAGAGAUAAGUCACCCAAUGGCUUUAAAGACUGGGAUUUUAUGUCGGUUCACACUUGGGGAGAGAAUCCAACAGGCACAUGGACUUUAAAAGUUGUUGAUACGGUAAGCAGGGGAAGCUACUGAAGCAGUCAAAUGCAUGAGUGAAAUGAUACGAGGGGUGUAAGCCCCUUCCUGCCAGAAGCGAGGAAAUAUAAUCAGCGCCGCAAAUACCUAUCACUUUAGUUUGGUUGGAAAUUAUCGUCCAGGAGUUCAGCUGAGAUAAGAAGACAUCACUGUUUCUAAUAAAAGAACAAUGCUUUAUUUUUGCACAUUGUGACAGAAGCAAUGAUUCAUGAGAUUGCUUUAAAGAGCAGGCAUGUAUUUAUUUUGAAGAAAUUGGGGUACUGAGAAAUAAAUGCAACAGGACAAUGUAUGGAUUUCAAAGAGUAACACAAACAGUGUGUAGAAUGGUUAAAAUGUUUAUUUUAACCUACACACCAUUUGUGUUGCACUUGGAGUCACUGCCACCACCAGUUUAUUCUCCUCUGUCUCCCACCUGUACAAUGUAAAAGACUAAUUAUUCUGCUAUGACCCCUCAGUCUAGACGAUUGCAAAAUGAAGGAAGAAUUGUGAACUGGAAGCUGAUUUUGCAUGGCACUUCAACUCGACCUGAGCACAUGAAGAAACCUCGCAUCUACACAUCAUACAAUACUGUCCAAAAUGACAGGAGAGGUGCGGAAAAGAUGACGGAUUUUGUAGAGGUAUCAAUCUAUACUCAUCAUACCCAUCCUUAAAGCAUCCUUGUAGCAUUAGAAUCAAACAGGAGGAAAUUUCCCCUUUUAAAAUGUUUUUGUCUUUCUGGAAUUUCUCCAUUAUUGGGUCUAUGUAUAUCUAAUUAAUGUACAGAAUUGGCAGGCAAAAAUAUGUGGCAAUGGCUAUUAUGUAGCUUAGAUGGCUUUAAAAGGGACUAGAUAAAUUCAUGAAGGAUGCAACAGCGACCGUUAGUCAUGAUAGCUUAAUGCAACGUUUGCCAACCUGAUGACCUUUAGAUGCCCCUGGUGGUUCCUCUUUUGAAUGGAAGUGAAGCUCAGCUUCCAACCAUGGUGGCCAUCUGCCAAAAUGCAGUGCCCCAGCAAUAUAUAGAUAUGAAAUAUAUAGAUUCCAUAGAUCCAUAGAAUGGGUUCUGUACAUUUUAUAGAAGCAUAGACCUUGCAUUUUGAGUACAUUUAGAUGACAGGUGGUCACCAUUAAUGGAAGCAUUGCUGGGUCAGAGCAAUGAGGGACCCUUUUCAGGCUCUUAGACAAUGCCUGACCUGGCUGAUCACUGGCACCAGACCUGAACACAAAUGAACUUUGAUAGCUCACAUCACACUGCAUGGAACAUUCUGUUUUAUAGCCCCUUUGCACAUAAUAGCUGUGAGGAAAGCUUGAGUGUGCUGGCCCCCAGCCCAUGAACAGCUGGUUGUAUGAGUUCAACCGCCACAGGCAACAUUGAACUUUUGACUUGGGGUUUCCAAUCUGCUCAGCGUUUGCUUUAAACAUGUGGAGUUCUUUUUCCUUUUGCUAAUAUUCAAUGGCUCUUGACAUUUGGCACACUCAUACAUAUAUAUAUAUAUUUCAGGAUCACACCACACUGGAGAACCUGAGUGGAAAAAGGAAGGUGACAGAAAGUACCACUGGCAAAGAUAAAUUACAGGAAGUGGCCUCAUCAGAUGCAAUGCUCCGGCUACUGCAAAAUGCCUUUCGUGACCAGAUGGGUGGGAAUCAAGUACCAAAAAAGGUGCUAAGUGAAAACUCAAAUAUUCCCUAUGAACAUUACUAUCAAGCUCUUGAGAAACUAAACCAAGCCUCUCAGCUGAAAGACUCAGAGGAGUCUCUGUAUAGUGACUAUGUUGACCUUUUUUACACUGCCAAACCAUACAAGCAUCGGGAUGACAGACUACUCCAAGCCUUGGUUGACAUUCUGAAAGAAAAAGAUUAA